AUUGCAGACCUAACCAAAUCGCCGCUUGCACUAAACUACCACGUUACUUUUGAGUAGACACUUUACUGUAGGACAUUGUUUUUAUGGUAUAGAUUACCAUAAUCAUAAUCAACCUCUUAUUUUUACGUACUUCAACAUAUGAGUUUCCGUUUUUCUGGUAUAUAAGGAUUUAAGUGCCAUGUCCUCUCGAAAUAUCAUUUUAGCUUAUCAAUUGGUGACUUCGUAGUAUACUUCUAUAGAAGCAUAUUGUUCAACCGUCGAAUUAAAUAAGGUCUCUGUGAGAAAAUUAGGAGUUUUAUUUUUAAUGUUUGUACAAGUAGUCAAUGGGGCAUGUGACAGCGUUCUAUUUGCUAGCGCUCGAACAUAAGUUCAGUCCUACCUCUCUUUCCAAAUUUAUUUCACUGGAUUGUACUCCUUGAACAACAUCUUCAAACCCUAAUUUUUCUGAUUACAGCUUAUAAUUUUACUACAUCUAGCACUACGGGAUUUGAAUCGACCACUGCAUCUCUGUGCUAAUGUGGUGUGGCGACUCGAACUGGUGUACGUACGUACGAAGUUCUACGUUGUUAAUGACUGACUGACUGACUGACCUAUUUCGAUUUGCGAUUAUGUGCAUUAUCAGUAGUCUUUAUAAAACGAUUUCCUCAAAUUUAGUUGGCGCUUUUGAAUUUUAAAGGAUUAUAUAUGGUAAUAGAGCGGUUUAACUUUUGCAUUUGAUCGGCUGGAAGCGGGUCGUUUUUCUCGAGUGAUCACCGUAUACAUCGCUCAUUCUUUCGAUUAUUUUUGAUAUUUUAGACUCAAGAUCUACAGUAGUAUUUUCCUUCGGACUUUUUAUGUACAAAAAUCAGCGAUACUAUUUUAACUUCCUGUUGAUAACUAAGUACAACAAUAGAGACCAUGCAUUUCUGUCAAGUUUUUACUAUCUAUCUUAGCUCUUACCAGUUCUCCAUCUGCACCGUACUUUUUAAGACGCCAUAUGAAAUGUACAAAAAUCAAUCGCAACCAAAGAUCUGUCAAUUUUUCUUCAAGUAUUUAUUUUUAUAAUGGUGUUUUAUUUAUUCGUUCUAUGCAUUGUUUUCUAGACGGAUCUUUCGGCCUAAUCAGUGUUUUGCUUUGAACUUUAAAAAACUAAUAACUCAAUGCAACAAGUCUCUUAAAAUUCUUGGUCACAAACCACUAUUAUUUAACUAUAUUUCUUUAAGUUUUUGUCAUCCCUUGAUAUCUAGACCAUGUCAUGUUUUUGUUUUCUGAUUGCAGAAUGCCAAGAGGUUUAGUAGAAUGUUUGGUUAAAAUAACUGAGAUAUGUCUAAACGCCCAGUGCGCUCACAUACGAUUUCUAAAUCAUGCAAGAUACAACCUAAUACUCAGGUUACACUUGAACGGGUAAUAGGUUUUACGUUGAACAAUAACUGCGCAGUUGCAUUCUCUGAUAAAACUGGUCUUAUUGCUCAUGCUGCUGGGUGUGUGACAGUUCUUCAUUCAUUUGAAAAUGAACGACAACAAUUUAUACAAAGUCAAAGUCGUAAAGCCAUUACAGCAGUGGAUUUUAGUUCAGAUGGAAAAUAUUUAGCCACAGGAGAAUCAGGUCAUCAACCAAUGGUUCGACUAUGGAGUGUGUCAGAUCAUUGUCAGUUAGCUGAAUUCGGUGGUCAUCAUUUUCGUGUCGUAGCUGUACGUUUCAGCCCGAACGAUCAAUAUUUAGUUAGCGUUGGUAGUCAAGAAGAUCAUACUCUGUAUGUAUGGGAUAGACAGAGUGGACAACGAGUAGCCAGUGCAAAAGUUACAAGUCGGAUCUAUGGAAUUGCUUUCAGUCCAAUGGGACAAUUUUUUGUUACAGUUGGUGUACGUUAUGUUCGUUUUUGGUAUUUAGAAAAUAAACGCAGUAAAAUUCGUGAAACUCUACCACUUCAUGGAAGAAAUGCUAUCUUAGGCGAUAUGUUCAACAGUGUAUUUACUGAUGUAUGCUGUGUUAAUUCGUCGUCGUCGUUGUCUUCUUCUUCGCCUACUUUGUCUUCCUCUAAUCCCGGUUCUACUCAAAUUCAUUCUGCUAAAUUAAAAUCUACAGCAGGAGGCGAAGGAAAAGAUCGUGAAGAUGUAACAAAUAAUAACAGUGGUAAAAUUGCAUCAGCAUCAUCAUCACCGUCUCCAGGUAUCGGCUCUACAACAACAUCAACCACAACAUCUAAUACUUUGACAUUAGUCGUAAAUACAGCUGGUCGUUUAAUACAAUUUAAUGGUCAAAGAGAUCUAGACAAAUGGGUUGAUUUAAAAACUUCUAGAGCAAACUGUAUUUCAACAAGUGGUUCAUGGGUAACUGUUGGUUGUACCACCGGUGUUUGUCUAUUAUUUGAAGCUGAAAGUUUGCAAUUUAUAGCUAAACUUCCUUUACCUCAUUCGUUGGGUUCCAGUUUACAUCUUUUUCCAGAUGUUAUUUCAAGUGGGCUGAAUGUAAAUGAACCCAUUUACCCUGAUAUUAUUGCAAUUAAAUUGGAUUGCAUACGUAAUCGUAUAAUUUGUUUUUAUAAUGAUCAUAGCAUUCAUGUAUGGGAUAUACAUGACUUAACAACAAUCAAUAAAUGUCGAUCGCAUUAUUACCAUAGUCGAGGUAUUUGGUCAGUGGAUUGUUUACCGGAACAAUGGCGACAGAAUAAUAAUAACAUCGAUAACAAUAAUAAUACGAUUCCAUUAAAUCAUUUACAAUCUUGGUGGUCGAAUGAUAUGUUUGUCACAUGUUCUGAUGAUGGAACUAUUCGAUUUUGGAAUCUUCUUGGAAAUUGUCAGUCGACAAAAAAUAAUGUUACUGAUAAUGGAAUUAGAUUGUCAACAAGUGUUCCAGCCGAUUCAGAAUUUAUAGGAUCUACAAAGUUUGAGUGUACAGAACAACUUGCUGGCAUUAUAUACACUGAUCCAAGUCACAAAUAUCUAUGUACUAUUGAUCGUUCUUCAAUUGAAAUUACCUUGUCUAAAUUAGAAGGUGGGAUAGGUCUGUUAGGUGGACCAGGUUUUGUACCUGGUACAAAUGACCUGGGACAAAUUGAUUCUGCACUUCAAUCACCUGCAUCACCAUCACGUCCAUCAAUCAGUGAACAUUGUCAGUUGAUUUCUAGUUUAACGUCUUCACUUAAUACUGUUGGUGCUAGUAAUAAUAGUAAUACUAAUAGUAGUAAUUGUACUACUGCUACUACCAAUAUCGGACCAACUUGUGUUCGUACCAUUUGUAUAAGUCCUGAUGGUCGUCAUCUAGCAGCUGGUGAUCGUGAUGGUAGUCUACGAGUUUACUCCUUGGAGACAUUAAAAUUAUGUUAUCAGAUACCUGCUCAUGACAAUGAAAUUCUAUCGUUGAAUUUCUUUCAAUCAUAUUCAGUUCCUCAACUUUUAUUGUUAUGCUCUGCAUCACGUGAUCGUAUGAUUCAUAUAUUUGAUCCGAAUAAAGAAUAUUCUCGUGUACAAACAAUAUCUGAUCAUUCGGGUGCUAUAUUUUCUGCAAAAAUCAUUGAAACAGAUGAUGGUGAAAUUCGUUUAAUCUCUUGUGGUAUGGAUAAAUCAUUAUUAUUUAGAAUACUUGAACCUGAUGAAUCUGGUCAAACAGCACAUUUCGCACUUGAACACCAUCUAGUUGGACGUCAUUCCCAAUUAGAUGCUGCUAUUACACCAAUGUUACCUAGUUCAAUAGAAAGUCGAAUGAAUUCCACUAAUCGUAAACGUUAUCUAGCUGUUGCAUGUCAAGAUAGAAGGUUACGAAUUUAUAACGUUGUCACUGCACGUCCUGUACGAUGUUAUCGUGGAAGUUAUACUGAAGAUGGUUUUCUAGUUCGUUGUUCAAUUGACCCAACUGGAUCGCUGAUUGCAACUUCAGGUUCAGAUAAACAGUUGAAUUUAUUUCAUUUACUCACGGGUGAAUCAAUUGCUACAUUAUACGGUCAUUCAGAAUUGUGUUUAGGCUUAAAAUUUCUACCUAAUCUACGUUAUUUAAUAUCGGUUAGCGCUGAUAGUUGUAUAUUUGUUUGGCGUUUAUCAACAAAUUUAGCACAAUAUUUACAUGAACGUAUCACUACAUCAAGUAUGUUGAAAAAUAUAUUAGGCAAUUCGAUUAGUUAUCCUCAAUUAGACGGAAUUCCAUUAGAAAUAACAAAUGCAAGACUAAAAACUGGUAGAGAAGAUAAUAAUGGUUUGUUUAAUAUUAGUCGUUCCGAUUAUUAUCAUAUUCGUAAUGAUGAUAAUGAUAAUAUUGAUGUUGAUACAAAUCGAAAUAUAACAUCUCGAAAAUAUACUAGUAAACACAGCAACAGUAAUAAUAAUAGUGAUGAUGUUCUAAAUGAUUGUAACAGUAUGUUAUACAACAGUGAAAUGAAUGAAUAUGAGAAUGAUGUUGACGAUGAUAAUGAUCUCGAUAACUAUGGUGAUGAUGAUGAUGACGAUGUAACAUCAUUUAGUCAAACAAUGCCUCCAUCUGAAUGGAAUGAAUCACUUGCAGAAUAUGAUAAAAUUGAAAACUUGGAUAAUGAUGAUAUUGGUGGUGGUAAUGCUGAGGAUGAUGAUAAUCGUGGUGAAGAUAGUGAAUUUGAUGCGUUUCCUUUAGAUGAUGUAUUAUCAGUUAAUGUUACAAAUCCUAUUACUAUCCAAAUGAAUCAUUUGAUGAAUAAGCAUAUUGUAACGAAACAUAAAUCUAUUGUCGAUGAGAACAAUUCACCUAAUUGGUGUAGCAAUAAUAAUAAAAAUAUUUUGUCUGCCAAUCACUUGAUUAAAUCUCAAGUUUCCACUACCACUGCUACUAAUUGUAAUAGUAGUAGUAGUAGUACAGUUACAAAUUCUGUCAAUCAAAAUAAUAAUGGCAGUAGUAGUAGUAAUCGUAGUGGAGGAAAGAAGCCGGAAUUCUAUUUUAGCGUUAGCGCACUUCCGGCUUGGGCGCGCAGAAAGCUGAGUCGUCGUGAAUCAGUGACCAUUGUCCCAACCUCUUUGACACAGGUUUUGAAUAGUGAAUUUGAUGUGAAUGGAUCGGAUUCAGCUAGUCAAACCUCUGUAGUAAGUGGUCCAAUAUUGCCUGUAUCGACUAGUGGUUCCUGUUCCCAUGAAACAAUACCUAACUAUGUUUAUCCAUUGUCAUCAUCAGUCACAGCAACAAAGAAAAGAUCAAAAUAUACUCGUGUUCGCGGCAAAACAUCAACUGAAGACAUUUGUGAAAAAGAUAUAUUAACACCAGUGUCUAGUACUACCACUGCUACUGUUGCAUCAUUAUCUGUUUCCCAAUCGACAAUCUCAACCAAUAACCAUAAUCAUACACUUUAUUCACAAAUGUCUCGAUCAGAAUACAACACUAGAGAAUAUUUUAAUUUUAAUCAGAAUGAUGAAAUCAAUUCUAAUGAACAAAUAACUCAUGAAAGAAAAAACAAUUGGUUUACACGUGCUGUUUCUGCUCCGGAUACACCUCGUUCUUGGAAAAAAGAUGUUUAUAGCGUAGAUAAUAAACGAAAUAUGAUAACAACAACACCAGUGACAUCAGGAACAACGACUACUACAACUAUAAGAACACGGAAGAUAAUUGACAGUUCUGUAAAAAAACUUUAUCCUACUCAAAAGACUGUGGAAACAUCUUUCAUCAAUCGAGUCGCUGCUCAAAAUAGACCUAAGGAUUUGGCUUUAGAACAAUUCACACCACCAACACAUACCUAUGAAGUUUGUGCUAAUCGACUAAUAAUGAAUGAGUCGAUUACUGGUGGAGAUUGUCCGAACGCAUUGCCAUUAUUUAACAGACCUAAAAAUAAAUCAUCUCAACAACGAUCUUAUUCGGCUACGCAACUAAUUCCUUCAAGUUCUCCUAAACAACACAAUCCUCCUCCUUCUACAAUUGUUGAUGAUUCUGUCAAUCUAUAUUCAACAAAUAGUUUACAUCAUUUUCUUGAUGAUACAAAUACAAUUCAUGCUCUGAAUUACAAUUAUGGUGAUCGUUGUCAACAGCGUAAUCAGUCGAAGGAUUUGCGUGCAUCUGUGGAUAUAACUUCAAAGGCUUUAUUGAUGUCAUCAAUAUCAUCAUCAAAUUAUCAUGAUUCAAAGAAUCGUUUGCCUGCUGUCAAAAAAUAUUCUUCACAAUACCUUACCACUAUGCAAGAGACAAACUGUCGAAUGAACAGUGAAUCUGUGCCCAAGAGCUCAACACAUACUCCAAACUCAACUUCGUCUCAAUUUCAAUCAGAUGAUUUAAAUUCAUGUAGAUCAGCUGUCGAAUCACUUCAUGCUCUUCGUGUAGCCUUAGAUUUGGCUAUUAGUCGAUUAACUAAAUUAUCUUGUUAUAAUCAUAAAAGUGAAGAACAUACAAAUCUAUGUCAAAUUGUUACUGAACAACUUGAAUGGAGAUUUUCACGUUUACGUGCUAUGCUUGGUCUAUCACCAGUUUGUGUUGAAGCACCAGUGGCUCGUGUAUUAAUUGCAGAUAUUGUAGAACGCUUGAUUCCAGAGUUAAAGUCAGCUUCUUCAAUGCUAGACAAUACAGAUGCUUUAAACAACAGUACUAACGAUGACAAUGUAGAUAUUGAUAAUCCAGAUAGUCAAGUGAACAGCGAAAAUAAAUCACAAUUCCAAAAAGCAAUGAAUUUGUCUGAUACUUCUGUAUAUAAGAUGACCGAAAUGAAUGACAAUUCAACUAUCAUCAAUCAUAAAACUGUGAAUAUUGUUAAUCGCGAUGGUUAUAUUGACAAUAAUAAUAAUAAAACGAGAGAUGGGAAAAUGAGAAACGUAACUCAUUAUAAAGAACAUGAUGAUGACAAUGGUGAUAUUCAUGAAACAUUUAUGCAAGAAAAUAAGACUCUCGAAACUAGCUGAAGAAAAGUUACCAUACUUUCGGUCUUUCUAUACUUGUUUUUUUUCGUUAAUUUUGUAUUCAUUGUUUUUAUUCGAGGUUUUUUAACGAAAUGUAACAGCUCUAUUUAUGGUAUGUACAUACUACUUAUUUUUCAUUUUAGUAUUAAAUUCAAUAAACUUUUGACCAUUUGAAUUUUUUCUAAUUAUAAAAUAUUGAACAGAUAGAAACAAACACUUUUGGAAAUAUAAUAUAGCGGAUACUACAUAUAUGCAUUUAGCGCCUUUUUUUUCAAAAUCUUACUCAGCGUAAUUUGUGACGAGUGAACAUAAUCUGUUUUGGUGUGUAAGUAUAGUCUUACCUAUAAUAUCGCCUUUCACUGGAUAACUGUUGAUUGGUCAUACUUUUAAUAAUAAUAAUAAAGUACACAAUCGUUUUACGUCACUAUGUAUGCGCACAAUGUUACGCUUACUAUAUUUUCAAAUUGUCGUCAAAAAAGAAGCUUUUAUUUUUCUUCCUGUAAUACUCAGUAUGUUUCUUCUUAGUUGUUUUUGGAUGCAUUUUAUUGUGAAUUAAAAAUGCAAAUUAUGUACACAAUUAACAAAUAAUCUUUAUCAUUGCAUGUUUAUUAAAUUAUAUACACCAAUAUUUUGCCAAAUUACAUCCGUUGUUUUAAUCAACUAGACAAAAUAUUGAAUAAACCUCGCCAUUAUCUCUGUUAUAUAUAUAUAUAUCUUAUAGUUAUAUUUUGUUUAGUUCUGAAUCAUUAUUUUUAUUUAUUAUCUCUUUUUUUAAGAGUCUUCGUUACCUAAACUUUCAACUAAACUCAAUACUGUUGUUGUGUAUGUAUAUAUCUAGUGAUUUUUUUUCCCUGCUGAACACUAUAUCGUUCUUUUUUUUAUUACUUUGGUUUUCUAUUUAUGUCUGUGUAUAUGUGUAAGUUUACAACUUGGAUUCGCAUAUACAUAUUGAAACCUUCCAUUGCUUACUCUAUCCAUUCUUCUUUGCUUUCUGAUUGGAUUGAUUAAUAUUAAUAAUAAUUAAACAAUUAUAUUAGCUAUCUAUUCAUUGAAAUUAUUGGGAAUUUGUUUCUCAAUUAUGAUUGAUUUGUUUAUCAUUUAUCUAAAAAAAUUUGUAGAGGAAAAUAAUUAUACUUUAAAAAAAAUUAAGCAUAUUAUGAUAGGCGAUAUAUGUUUAAUGUAAUGAAAAUCAUAGUGAUAAUAAUAAAUAUAUACAGAAGCAGUUUCUUCUCUUCGAAUAUGACUGACUGUAUAAUCUUCGCUAACGUUCUGGAUUUCGUCUAACACAUUACUAUUAUUAUUUAGAUGAACAUUUUUUUGGAAAAAAUAAAGAUUGUCAGACAAAUACAUUUAGUUAUUUAU